CUGGAGGAACAGCAGCAGCGGAAUUGCUGCUGUUAGCUUGAAACAAAAGGGUUCAGCUAAGCUAGCGUAGCGCUCGUAAAGGUUUUACUUGUCGAUUUGGCGACUGCAUUUAUCAGUAAACGGCUUCACAUUUAUCGACACCGAACCGCAGCUGUCCCGUGGUUCUCAGUACCGGAACUGUUAGUAAGCCGCUGCCCUUCUUUGGUGCUAGUGGUGCUAGCUUAGCCGGUUCGUCGAUUGAAAUCGGUUCGGUUGGUUCCAGUCGACACCGUUUGUACCAUGGGAGCUCACCGCGGUGACGGAGGCCAGGACUGGCUGGACCAGGCUGGUCCCGAACCACCCGAACAAAAUCCGAAACCGUGGAACCUGAUGAUCAAACACAGACAGAUUCACAGACGAGGUCGGCGCUCCCACAUGGCUGUCAGUUACACGGAUCCUCAGGUGUCCAUGGACCUCUUAAGGGCAGUGCUGCAGCCCAGCUUCAAUGAUGACAUCAUGGCGGUGUUCAGGAAGUACCAGAAGUUCUUCGACAGAGCAGCAGAGAACGUGAAGGAGAAUAUUGGAGAUGACGUUCAGACAGACCAGCUGAUCAGAGAUGCCUGCAGGAAUGUUCUGGAACAUGCCAAGCAGCUGUUUCCAGAGGGGGAGGUGAAGAGUGGCCGGUCAGGGUCCGAGGUCACCAUCAAGAGGUUCAGACCAGCUGAUGAUGACUGCAGCCAGAGAGCCGGCCUCGUCCUGAAGAAGAGGAAGAAUCGGCCCACUGUUGCAGUCGCCUCUGAUCGACCUUUGACCUUUUCCAGCCAAGUGAAGAACAAAGCUGAACCCGUGAAGAGAGAAGGACCAAAGGUAAGAAGACCCACAAACUUAGAUUGCAGAUGCCAGCUGAUAUUAAAUGUAUUCCCGGGGCUUGAGCUCCUGACACUGCAUCCCACCUCACGGUAUUGA